CGCAGUUUCCCGACAACUUCCGAAACAUAAACCAAAAUGGCGCUGCCCAUGACUGAAAAAAAAUUGUCCGUCUCCUCUUUCUGUGAAGCAAAUUCACAAAUUCCAGAAUGGAUGAGAUCGGAACAUCUCACAGGGACAACAAUCAUGGCCGUUGAAUUCGAUGGUGGUGUUGUCAUUGGUGCUGACUCAAGGACAACCACAGGGUCAUACGUUGCCAACCGUGUAACUGACAAGCUAACCAAGGUUUCUGAUCGUAUCUACUGCUGUCGAUCAGGGUCAGCUGCUGAUACCCAGGCUAUUGCUGAUAUCGUGUCAUAUCUUCUGGAGUUUCACAGUAUCAACCAAAAUGAGCCACCCCUUGUACACACAGCUGCUAACUUGUUCAGAAACCGUUGCUAUGACUACAGAGAUCAACUUCUGGCUGGAAUCAUUGUAGGAGGCUGGGAUAAAGAGAAGGGAGGACAGGUAUACUCUGUACCUCUAGGAGGUAUGUUCGUUAGACAACCUUGUGCCAUUGGGGGUUCAGGAAGCACCUACAUCUAUGGCUACGUGGAUGCACAUUACAAGGAAGGCAUGACUAAAGAUGAAUGCCUCACAUUUGUAGCAAAUGCUGUAUCUUUGGCAAUGUUCCGCGACGGAUCCAGCGGAGGUAUCGUACGUCUAGCAGUCAUCACAGAGGAUGGUGUAGAAAGAAAGACCAUAUUAGGAAACGAGUUACCUCGCUUCUAUGAAGGUUAAAAACCUACCUUAAGUUAUGCUUUGAAAAUGUUAAAGGUAGUGCCUCGUGGAACAGGCAGACAAGUCAUUGUGUAAACUGGCUGGGUAUAAACAUGCAAGCUUUUACCAAGGUACUUGUAUCACAAACCUUAGCGAUUAAUUGUACUGUUGGUUUGUAUGCUUGAUUGCACAUAUUGAUCAAUGCAAUCAAGUGUAAAAAUUUUCCCAACGAUCAACUGCUAAGCUUUGUGAUACAGGCCCGGGAUCUGGGUCUGUAAGAGGUUCAUCUGAUUGGUUGGAUAAAAGUACAGAUAAAAUAACUUCUUUACACAAUCAUGAAAAAUAGUGUAAAGUUAAGUGGAGAGACUUCCAGGAGAAGUUUUCCCCAAAGAAGUAGGUGAAGUUCUCAUGGGGUAGUUUACCUAUUAUGCUUGAUUGUGAAUGAAGAGGAUAUUUUAUCCAUACUUUCAUUGGUUCAGGUGUUUGUAUGUAGUCGGCAUUCUAUCUAGUCUUGUCUGUAGAUUUCACAAAGAUGCACUUCCUUUAAGCUAGUAAUGCAUUCAUCACACCAGCAUAUGGGGACAUAUUCGUAAAGUGCACAUGCCACCUUUAUGUGUUUAUUUCAUGUCACGAAUCAUUAUCAACAAUUUAUUUUGAAUUUGAUGUGUGACAAGAUCUAUUUUCAUGUAUAUUUAUUGGCCUCAUGUGAAGCCCCCCACCAACUGUACAUGUACAUCAGUGUAAAGACAAAAGAAGUUUAAUAAGCCAUUACAAGCUUCAGGUAUUACUCAAUCAAUUCAAUUCAUUUAUUUCCAUAUUCAAAUUGAACAAUAUAGAAAAACAUGAUAAAUAUACAAACAAGAGUUGAUUAUUAAAAAAUGACAAAAAUGCAAAAAAGUAACAAUAUCAAAAGCUACAAAAAUUACACAGAAAAGGCAUGUAGCUAGCAGUAGCGUAUUUUGAAGCUUGCAAGUAUUCAAUUGGUGUAUUUGUUUUAUUUUACGCUUCUAACAAAUUCUUCAAAAAUUGAUUUUAGCUGUCAAUACUCUCCUCCUCCAAUUUGCAUUGUUUCUUUAAACAUGAUCUUCAACAUACCAUGUAGAAAGCAAUUGGUGUCAUAUACAUGUACAUCAGACAUGUGAUAUGGAACUAGACACAUUGUUCUACAUAUACAUCUGCAUUCAUAUGUUGGUGUGAUGAUAGCAAUUUUUUUUUUGGUAUCUAUUACUUGUAAGAAAUAUGUGAAAUUCAUGUAGAUAUCCAUGACAUUGAAUGUUUUUGUAAUAGUGUUUUGAAAUAUUUCUUUCAGAAUCUGUAACCUUUGGUUUGUUCCCCCCCCCCCUACACAUUUUGCAUCACUGCGAGAUGUGAAACUCAAGUAAUCAAAGAAGAUCACUUUACAUGUUUGACUUUGAAUUUGGAUCUUUGCUCAAUAUUUCAUUAACAUAACAUUCCUAGGGAGUGAUUUGGAAAGCUGUACGAUGACUUAUUGAUGACUUUAGAAAUACCUUAGUUUGAUGCCCAAAGCAUUUAUUAAUGUUGUGGUGGAGUAGAAUUCUGGUUUGCUAAGUUCUUGUUUUGAUUUUCAUAAGAAUAUGGCAUACAGAUGUUGAUCAUGAUUAAAUGCAAGUACAUUUUAACUUUGGCUAAAUGAGACUGGACAAGAAAUGGGGAGCAUUUCAUGAAAUCACUGAUAAAUGUUAUACACUGUAAGCUACUAAAAUCUUUGUAUCUGAUUGGCUCAGAACAAAUAUUUGGUGAAAAUCAGUGACAUGCUGCAUCGUGAAACAGUCCCCAGGUAUCCAAGUUGGCAGAUCAUAUGAAAACUCAUAGAUCUGUAAACUCAUGUAUACAUGUACAAGCAUAUCAAUUAGAAUUGAUGACAGUAGGUCAUAUUUCCAGGUUCUACCACGGAUAUUAAUGAUGAAAUCAUUAUCCAACUUUCUCAAGUCCUCACUCAUCUCUUCAUUUCAGAUU